AUGCUGGCUGCGGGCUACAACAAGGAGUACCUGCCCAUUGAGGGCCUGGACGCCUUCAGGGCCGCCACUGUUGACCUGCUGCUGGGCUCCAGCCACCCCGCAAUCAAGGAGGGCCGCGUGGCGUGCAUCCAGGCGCUGUCCGGCACCGGCGCCCUGCGCGUGGGCGCCGCCUUUGUCGGCAAGUUCAUGCCGGGGACCAAGGUGUUCAUCUCCAACCCGACCUGGGGCAACCACAUGAACAUAUUUGGUGAUGAGCGCGUGGAGUGGGCCAAGUACAGGUACUUUGACCCGGAGACCGUCGGCCUCGACUUUGCCGGCAUGACGGCAGACCUGGAGGCGGCGCCGGACGGCUCCAUCGUGCUGCUGCACGGCUGCGCCCACAACCCCACCGGCGUGGACCCCACCCCGGAGCAGUGGCAGGCCAUCGCUGACCUGUGCAAGCGGAAGGGCCACCUCCCAUUCUUCGACGUGGCAUACCAGGGCUUUGCCACGGGCGACCUGGAUAAGGACGCCUUCGCGCCGCGCCUGUUUGUGGACAACGGCCUCGAGGUGGUGGUGGCGCAGUCCUACUCCAAGAACCUUGGACUGUACGGGGAGCGCGUGGGGGCGCUCAACUUCGUGCUGGCCGAUUCCGAGUCCGCCAAGCGCGUGCUGAGUCAGCUGAAGCGCAUUGCGCGCGCCCUGUGGUCCAACCCCCCCACCCACGGCGCGCGCAUCGCGGCGGAGGUGGUCGGCGACGCCGCGAUGUUUGAGGAGUGGAAGGGCGAGAUGGCAGGCAUGGCCGGCCGCAUCUCCAAGGUGCGCGGCGAGCUGCGGGCCGCCCUGGAGAAGCGCAUGGCUGAUAAGGACUGGUCGUUCGUCACCAAGCAGAUCGGCAUGUUCUCGUACACCGGCAUGAGCCCGCAGCAGGUGGACAACAUGACCAACAAGCACGCCGUCUACAUGACUCGUGACGGCCGCAUCUCCCUGGCGGGCCUCAGCAGCGCCAAGGUGGACUACCUGGCAGACGCGAUCGUCGACAGCGUCAGGAACUUCUGA